AUGUCAGCUCUAGAUAUGUUCUGGGCAGCUCCGCCCAUCUCGAGAACCAUCGCCUUGACGGCCUUCGUCCUCUCAAUCUCCGUCUACUCAGGCCUUUUAAGCGGUUACUAUGUGCUCUUUCACUUGUCUCUGUUAUGGAGGCUGCCACCGCAAAUUUGGAGAUUGGCCACCUCCUUCCUACUUACAGGGAAAGAUUUGAGCAUUCUCUUCGAUACAUACUUUCUGUACACGUACGGGAGCAAGCUUGAAACAGCAUCUCCAAGAUUUUCUGGUCCCGGAGACUUCUUUACGUACAUCGUGUUCGUCUGCUUCACGAUCUUGGGCUUGAACGUGCUUGUCACUGGCGGCAUGGUCUUAACAUCAGCGCUCAUUUUGGCCUUCGCUUACACGUCCACUCAAGAUGACCGCGGCCAGAAGGCUUCGUUCUUUAUUGUCACCAUUCCUGCCCAGUUCAUCCCGUACGCUAUGCUUCUUAUGACUUUGGUCAUGGCCGGUCCUGAAGCAGCAAAAAUCCAAGCUACUGGGCUUGUCGCCGCCCAUCUCCACGAUUUUCUCACCCGACUUUACCCGACCUUUGGGGGAGGCAGGAACUUGGUCCCGACGCCAGCGUUUGUCAAGAAGAUGUGGCAGAGCACCGCAGCGACAGUUGACCACCGUGCUUAUGGAACAGCCUUCGCACCUGCUCAGCGGGAGGCAGGCAGGACCUCUGGGUCAUCUUCGGGAGGUGUGUUGCCGGAGUCGUGGAGAAAUCGAGGCUCAGGUCAUAGACUUGGAGGGGACUGA